AUGGCAUCCAACGCCUCCCCGCGGGACCGUCCCGUCGUCGCCUCGCCUGCGCCGGUCACGCCACCGGCCGAGCAGGCCAACGGCAUCGUGCCCUCGACCUCUAACGGCAACGACGACGGCGACGCCCACGCCAACGACGACGGCAACGCCGCCGAUGGCCUGCCCCUCUUCCGCUACGACUCGCCCAGCGUCCACUCGGGCCCCUCGCAGCGCCGGUCGGCCAAGCACCGCCACCCGCACCACGGGCACGCCUUCCCGGACCGCGCCGAGUCGCUGCGCGACGUGCAGGCGCUGGCCAAGCUCGUCGACUACCGCUCCAACUGGUACGAGGACCACCGCCUCUCGGCCGACGAGAUCCGCGACCGCACGCGCGCGCUCGGCUGGCGCAAGGCCGCCGCCGUGACGGCCUUCUACGAGCGCCAGAACGAGAUCCUCGACGGAUGGAGGGAGGUCGACGAGAUCCUCGACUCGCGCUUCCCCGAAGAGGUCAUGCGCCGCUUUGCCGUCCACGACGACGAGUCGAAGAAGCGCCAGAAGAGCCUCGACCGCCGCGCCUCGCGCAUCCGCAACGGCCGCCUGCCCGGCGAGAGCACCGACACCGACUCGGACUCUGGCAGCAUCCGCGGAGGCGCGCUGUACGACGGCGAAGAUGGCGACCGCCGCCGAGGGUCGCGCCGGCUCAAGCGCAGCUUCAGCGAAAAGGCCGUCAGCGCCCUCAGCGGGCUCUGGUUCAGCAGCGGCAGCGGCGGCGGCGGCGGCCAGGCUGGCAGCAGCGGGAGCCACGAUCUCGAGAGCGGCGGGGUUUCGGCCGCGCGUGGACGCAAGAGGCACGCCGGUCAACGGCGUCGGCCCAUCAUCGACCCGGACCCGGACCUGGCCGAGGAGGACGAGGACGGCUACAACGAGGACGAGGAGGAGGGCGACGAUGACGACGACGACGACGACGACGAAGACGACGGAGGCCGGGCUGAGGCGCAAGCCCUGAUCAAGGACCGACGUCGCGGCCGGCCGUCACGCAGCGCCCGUGGCUACGGCGCCAUCCGCACGCCGCCGCAGCCGCAGCAGCAGCGCAGCGCCACCGAGCUCUACGACCGCAUCCGCGAGGAGCACGCCGUCGCCCACGGCCCUCGCGCCACCGCGGGCACCGGCCUGGACCCGGCCUCGGCGGCGUCGUCGCGCCCCAACCGCCCCUUUUCGACGCACAGCGCCGAGCGGCAGGCGCUGCUCGACUCGGUGCCGAACCGCGACAAGGAGGAGGAGGCGUCGCGCGCGGUCCAGUUCGCCAUCAACAUCAACCUGCUCGUCAACGUGCUGCUCCUCGGCGGCAAGGGCGUCGCCGUCGUCUCGUCCAACUCGGUCUCGCUCAUCGCCUCGUUUGUCGACAGCGCCCUCGACCUGCUCAGCACCGUCAUCAUCUUUGCCACGUCCAAGGCCAUCGCCUACCGCAGCUGGCGCACCUUUUACAAGUACCCCGUCGGCAAGAAGCGCCUCGAGCCGCUGGGCGUCGUCAUCUUUUCCGUCCUCAUGGUUGCCUCGUUCUGCCAGGUCCUCAUCGAGUCGGCCCAGCGCCUGCGCACCGUCCUCGCCACGGGCCAGACCGACCCGGACGCCGCCACCGCGCUGCCCCUCGUCGGCAUCGCCUUUAUGCUCGCCACCAUCGGCAUCAAGACGGCCAUGUGGCUGCUCUACCGCACCUCCAAGUCGUCGGGCGUCCGCGCCGUCGCCCAGGAUGCCGAAAACGACGUCGUCUUCAACCUCCUCUCGCUCACCUUCCCCAUCAUCGGCGCCCACCUCGGAUUCCCCGCCCUCGACCCGCUCGGCGGAAUCGUCCUCUCGCUCUACAUCAUCUACGAGUGGCUCCACACCCUCUUCGAGACGCUGCAGAAGCUCAGCGGCGCAGUCGCCCCGCCCGAGCAGGUGAGCAAGUGCAUCUACCUCGUCACCCGCUUCAACUCGGUCCGCAGCGUCUCGGCCUUUGACCUCUUCCACGCCGGAGACGACUACAUCGCCGAGGCCGACGUCGUACUCCCGCAGUCGAUCUCGCUCAAGGAGGCCCACGACCUCGGAGAGAUUGUCACCUACUGCAUCGAGAGCGUCGAGGGCGUCGAGCGCGCCUAUGUCCACCUCGAGUACAAUGCGCUCGGGCAGCCCGGCCACCUCGCCAUGCGUGGGUAG